UAGGUUCAAAUUUAAAACGUAAACUGUAUCCUGAUUGGUCGAAGCGCGAAUACGCAGCAUUAACGGAGUUGCAUGAAAAGCGAAACGUUCAUUGGUUGAUGCAUCAACCAAUCAGGAUACAGCGUUUCCGUUUUCGUUUCAUAUAAAUACAGCCGAGCGUUUCGUAAGGUAUUAUUGUGAAUCUACGUUCUUGUUGUUAACUGUUGUGUAAAUCUUCAUUUGCCAAAAUGACUGGUCGCGGUAAAGGUGGUAAAGGUCUCGGAAAAGGUGGCGCCAAACGUCAUCGUAAAGUUCUACGUGAUAACAUCCAAGGUAUCACGAAACCAGCAAUCCGUCGUUUAGCCAGACGUGGUGGUGUCAAACGUAUCUCCGGUUUGAUCUACGAAGAAACCCGUGGUGUCCUGAAAGUUUUCUUGGAAAACGUAAUCCGUGAUGCUGUCACCUACACCGAACAUGCCAAGAGGAAAACCGUCACCGCCAUGGAUGUCGUAUACGCCUUAAAACGCCAAGGCAGAACCCUCUACGGUUUCGGAGGUUAAGCUUGCCCUAUUUGGGGAUAUUUCCAGACUCAAAAAUCCGUUAAAACGGCCCUUUUCAGGGCCACCAAAAUAAUUUCUUCUUAUAAUGUGAAACACAGUUGUUGAAACUUGACAUCAUGAGUUGGUAAAUUUAAUAUUCAAUAUGAAUAUUUAGUAUUGAACAUUGAUACUUUGAUAGAUCACACACAUGGAAUGGAAUGCGCGCAGGUUAGGAUGUUCCAUGUGUAGUCAAAUUACAAUUAGCCUAUAAUAUGUAUUCUCUCGUAGACUUUUCUUUUUCGUCACUCAAUGUAUAUGUUACGUUUUACAUUAGGUUGUACCCAAAAAGAUAAUAAUAUAUGUUAUAUUGGAAGAAAAGGAGCUAAUAAUAAUAUAGAGAAGCGUAAAUGAAUUAUUCAAUUUGUGAUUUUCCUUCAGAAUGCAUUUUUCAUUGCAAAAUAAUGAUUUUAGCUAACUUUCCCCGAUAAUUACCAUUCUAUAAAAUUCUUUGUCUCAAGUAAUUGCCUUCACUGCUCCUGCAAAUCCUUUCCUGCUGAGUGAAAACAUCAGUCCUAUAAAAGCUAUAAUAAUUUCAUCAAUACUAUGUACUAGAAUAUGUAAUCUUGAUCGUUCAUAGAAUAGAAUCUGUUCUGUUCUGUU